CAUUUACGUUGGCGCCGGAGAGCGGGAGUGGAGAUGAUGGGUGCGACGAGAAAAUACGGAGGCGUGAAUUUGAAAGUGGAAAUUGGGGGGAAGGAGGCGGAGGGAGAACGAUUCGUGGCCUUCACGGCCGAUUCAUGAUUGGGGAAUGAUUGUGAUUGACAAGUAUGCUCGCCGGCCCUUUAGAUCGUGCGGGGGACUCGAGGGGUUGCAUGCUAAGCGUGGGGCGGAAAAGGGAGAGUAGGGACUGAGCAACAUGGCCGGCAGAAGGCACUAGGCUAGUGUAGGAAUUGGCUGCGCGAUGAUGCGCAGAACGAAGCAACAGGACAAGAGCAGUACUAGUCGGUUGCGUGCGAGAGGGGCAAUCGAAGUACAGGUGAUGGCGACGGUGACAAAGACCCGGAGGCAUUAGACACAAAGACUGGUGGAUGGUGCAUGCAGGGACGAGGAGGAGGCUGGGAAGGAAGACCUAAUGCAAAGGAGGAUGUAAACAUGGGGCGGCGACUCCAUCUGAUGAACACGACUACUUGCAGACAAGGGAUGUGGAAUAAAAUAGACACGGAGAUUCUGUACCUGCUUGUGUGAAGUGUAGAAGGAUUUUGCUAAGCGUACUUUAGAAACGGGCCGCCCGUUCUGAGCAGGCGGAGGGGAGUGAUCACGUAGUAGGCGGAAGUGGAGCAUCAUCGUCAGUCCCGCCACGAGGAUGAGGCGAGGGCGCCAUGGUGGCGCUUACCUGGCUGAGGGUGGGCAAUCCACCGUUUGGCGUACAUGCUGCACUGAUUCCCGGAGGGCGUUGAGAUUCGCCAAGUAUCCAUCCAAUCGUUGCUGGAUUUGAAACCAUUAUCCAGAAAACAUUCUUCCCUGUUAAGGUAUUUUUAGGCCUGCAGCCCUUUCAUCGUUAUACACAUAUAGUUGCACCAACGACUCUGGCAAAGGAAGUGCGGAUUGGAUACUCAGGAAGGACGCAUUCGCUAAACCUUUCUACUAGAGGCAGUUGCGAUGAGAGGCCAUGAAAGUCAUGAUGCAACAAUUUCAUUUGAGAGCAUUGUUGGAUCUCCCAACUCUGAAGUUCAUAGAGCGCUUAUACUUGCGAAAAGUAAGUACUUGCGAAAAGUCGUUUUCACGCUUGGAUUACUGAGUGAGCGAUCCACAUUUUCAAGCUGGAAUCUGACCUUGAUGUUGAACGUUUAUUAAUGUAUUCGAUUCAGAUACGGUCUUCGAGAUUGCUGAGAAACAAGAAUUGAUUUGAUCUUAUCAAGGAAACAAUGGAUCGAAUAUCUGAAACAGUCAUGAGCCGACCACUUGAGGCAAUUGGCAAGACGAGCUCGACAGAAGUCAACGAGGUUGCAUUGUUGGAAAAUUUUCUUUCAAUUCCAAGUAUAGAAAAAGCGUGGACCAGUCCAUCAUGGAGAGGAGACGAUGGAUUUGACGUGAUGGUGACCAUAAGCCAGAUGAAUAUCUCUGCUAAUGCGACACGGAUAUUCAUGUCAACAGUAUUUAUUCCUGACGUUGAAUCUGGGAACGUUAAAAAUUGUCGCUGGGCACCAUUUCCAUUUGAGCUCAGUGGGGCUGCUCUUGUAGUUCCCUCGCCGUCGGGGACGAAAUUACUGGUAGUUCGUAAUGACGAUGUCAAGAAUGGAACAAGCCAGACUAAACUUGAGAUCUGGGGUCAAGGACAGCUUCUCAAAGAGGUGCACGUUCCCGCGUCAGUGCAUGGGUCCGUAUACACGGAUGAGUGGUUUCAAGGUGCUUCAUGGAGUCAAGAUGAGGAUUACAUUGCCUAUGUAGCAGAGGAACCUGCAAAACCAAGACCGGAGUUUGGUCAAGGAUUUCUUGGGGCAGGGGCAUGGAAAGGACAAGGAGAAUGGAUAGAAGAUUGGGGAGAGACCUACACUGGAAUGAGAAGGCCCAUCAUUUUCGUAGCCGAUAUUGAAAGUGGAGCUGUGCAAGUUGUGGAAGGCAUUCCUGAAGAUAUUAGUGCCGGUCAAGUUGUGUGGGCUCCGCGAAUGACCACGCGUUCUUCAUGUCCUGCGGAAAAGAGUAUACUGGUGUUCGUUGGUUGGACUUCCUACGCGUCUAAUUUCAACUCACCAAGAAAGCUUGGAAUGGUUUAUUGUCAAAACAGACCCUGCCACCUUUAUACUGUUGAGGCUCCAGUUCCUGGAAGAGAUUGUUUGGUUCCUGCUUUACCAGCUGUCAAACUUACAGAAGGCAUCAACAGCGCAGUGUUUCCACGUUUCAGUCCAGACGGGAAGGUGUUGGUUUUCUUGUCAUGUGAAGCAGCUGUCAACAGCGGGGCACAUGCUGCGACGAACUCACUGCAUUCGAUCAGCUGGUCAUCUGGCAGGGUUUUGAGCAUGCCCAUGCAGAUCAAUGAUGUGGUCAAGAUUGUGCAACAUCCGGACAACGAUGGUUUCCCAGGUCUGUAUUGCUCAGAUCUCAUUGCCAACCCGUGGUUGGCUGACAGCUGCACAUUGCUCCUUACUUCAAUGUGGCGGAGCCAAGAGGUUAUUCUGGCUAUUAAUGUUGAAAGCGGCAAUGUGGAAAGAGUCACUUCUUGUGCUUCAUCAUCUUCAUGGAGACUACUUGGAUUGCAAUCUAGCUCCUUGCUAGCAGUUGCAAGCUCCCCGCAUGAGCCAGAUAUCUUGAUGCUAGGUAGGCGAGUCGAGACUAACAACGAUUGGAGCUGGGUUAAUAUUAGUGUUCCGUCUCUUAAACUUCCGAAGAAGGUGGAAACAUCACUGAAGGAGAUGCUGUACAAAAUCAUUCAAAUUCCCGUUCCCAGUACAGAAGUCGGUGAUACUCUAGCUGAAGGAGCAAAGCAGCCGUUCGAGGCUGUUUAUGUUUCUCGGAGGAAGGGGACGGUUACAAAGUCCCGUCUUGGACGUGGGGGCGGGUCACAAAAUAAAAUUCCUCCACUUUUGUUGAUUUUACACGGGGGUCCUCAUUCCAUAGCACAAUCAAGCUUUUCGAAGCCGGCAGCAUUCCUUUCAGCACUUGGAUACAACCUACUAUAUGUGAAUUACAGAGGCUCAGUUGGGUUUGGGGAGGAAGCAUUAAGUUCUCUUCCUGGAAACAUCGGUAGACAGGAUGUUGGGGACGUGCUUGCUGCACUGAAUCACGUCGUGAAAAACGGGAUGGCAGAUCCUAAUAAGGUUUCUGUAAUGGGCGGUUCCCAUGGGGGAUUCCUGGCGUCACAUCUUUUAGGGCAGGCACCAGAUAAAUUCAGAACCGGUAUCUUAAGAAGUCCCGUCUGUAACCUUGCUGCAAAUGUAGGUACCUCUGACAUACCUGAUUGGUCUUACUUCGAAGCGUUUGGAAAGGAAGGCCUUACCACCUACUCAGAAGUACCUUCUGCAAGUGACCUGAGCGUCCUCUACCAAUGUUCACCUAUAGCCCAUGUUUCCAAGGUGAAAGUUCCAACUUUGAUCAUUGUGGGAACCCAAGAUCGAAGAGUACCUGCAAUUUCAAAUGGACUACCGUAUGCACAAGCCUUGCGGGCAAGAGGCUUAGAAGCUAAGGUUAUUUACGUUCAAGAUCGGCACUCUUUAGAAAGACCUCAAACACAAUUUGAAGGGUACUUAAAUGUCGGACUCUGGCUCAAGAGGUUCAUGUAACAAUACAUGACGGGGAAGAAUCUCCUGUGUCUGUAUACGAUGUUUAUAGAAACUGAAGAACAUGGCCCUGGCGGUAUGUCCAACCUGAUCAACAUGUCGAACUUCCGUGCAGCAGAAUUCCACAAAUGCUUUUUUUACACCUGAAACAAAGUAGUCCGUGGUCACUCGCGUAUCUCCUUCAUAACAAGCAAUUCAGGUGCCUUGAUAUUUAAAGAAGUCGAUUUUAUUUGAAGGGAAGUUGGAGGACGGAAGGGGAAACACACAUAUACAUUUUUCUACGCUAGUAGGGCUGGUUUAGAUUCCACCCUUUAAGAUAUCCAAGAUAAAGUCAAACAUGAGUUUAGCAAUAUAUUGAACUACCCUUACUUGAUUUGUAACCAUGUAUCAUACCUUAUCUUAGGUUUGUCACGGAGCUCAAGUGUGACCUAAAUUUGGGCAUUCUGUUCCAAAAGAAGCACGCAGCCCUAAUCUAAUGGCAUCAAGCUUCUCCGCAGGUUCAUGCUGAAACCAUCGUUCUGUAUGUGUUGGAAUAUUGAUCAGUUUACUGCCA